UUCUGUAACCUUGGUAACGGACAACUUCCUGUGGUCGGGUUCAGGCUGAAGAUGGCGGAGGACAAUUCCCAAACGGAACUUCAGCUUCCUGUGGUCACUGAAGUUAAGAAGCCUAUCUCCAAAAAAGCACCGGUGCUGCCCAUUUUUGAAAGAAGGAACUGGCUGAUCCAUCUCCAUUACAUCCGAAAAGACUAUGAAACCUGCAAGGCAAUUAUUAAAGAACAGCUACAGGAGUCCCAAGGAAUGUGUGAAUAUGCUGUUUAUGUCCAAGCUUUAAUAUUCCGUCUUGAAGGGAAGAUUCAGGAAUCCCUGGAGCUUUUUCAGACCUGUGUGAUUCUCAAUCCCCACAGUCCAGACAAUCUAAAACAAGUGGCCAGGUCACUGUUUCUGCUUGGUAAACACAAAGCUGCCAUUGAAGUUUACAACGAGGCCAUUAGACUGAAUGAGAAUGACUGGGAGGUUUUCUAUAAUCUUGGUGUGUGCUAUAUGUACCUGAAGGAUUUUAAACAUGCAAAAGAGAAGAUGAAUUGUUCUCUGCAGCUGAAUAAACAUGACAUAACGUUCGUGAUGCUUGGGAAGAUCUGUUUACUGGAAGGCGACACAGCCAGUGCAAUUGAAGUGUACAAAAAGGCUGUGGAGUUUUCUCCUGAGAACACUGACCUUCUGACGACCCUUGGGUUACUCUACCUGCAGCUUGGAGUUUAUCAGAAGGCAUUUGAACACCUUGGGAAUGCUCUCACCUAUGAUCCCAACAACUACAAGGCUAUAUUGGCUGCAGGCAGCAUGAUGCAGACCCAUGGAGAUUUUGAUGUGGCCAUGAACAAGUACCGUGUUGCUGCCUGUGCCAUCCCGGAGAGCCCCCCACUAUGGAACAACAUAGGAAUGUGUUUCUUUGGGAAGAAGAAAUAUGUAGCAGCAAUCAGCUGUUUGAAGCGAGCGAAUUACCUGUCUCCUUUCGACUGGAAGGUCUUGUAUAACCUGGGGUUGGUCCAUCUCACCAUGCAGCAGUAUGCUUCCGCCUUCCAUUUCCUAAGCGCAUCCAUCAACCUGAAUCCCAAGAUGGGAGAGCUCUUCAUGCUGCUGGCUGUGGCCCUGACUAACCUGGAGGAUCUUGAAAAUGCCAAAAGAUCAUACAAGCAAGCAGCUGCUUUGGACCAGUUCAACCCGCUGAUCAGUAUGAACUAUGCCAUCUUCCUGUAUAACCAGGGAUUAAAGAAGGAAGCUCUGCAGCAGUUUCAGGAUAUGGAGAAGAGGGUGAACAAACUCAAGGAGAGCAACAGUAAUACUGAGUUUGAUCCUGAGUUGGUUGAUAUGGCUCUGAAGAUGGGAGCAGCCCUCCAGGUCGGGGAGAAUCUCGUUUGGACCAAGCCAACCAAGGACUCCAAAUCUAAGCAGCGAUCUGCCACCUCCAUCAAAUCCACCAGCUCACAGCAGCCUCUGGGCACUAACCAGGCGUUAGGGCAGGCCAUGUCAUCCGCUGUUGGUUACAGCAAAAACAUGCAGCUGUCUGGAGGUAGUGCAGUCCCGAGCCAGCAGAAGCCCCCCUCUCUGCCCCUGGAGCCAGAGCCCAGGGCCGAGGCUGCCCCGGAGGAACCUACAUCCCCCACAGAAACCAAGGACAAGAAGAAAGAGAAGAGGAAACAGAGUGGAUCCUUGCUGUGAUUUGUUUUGCACUUAUGCAGUUAAUUUUAAUGUGCACAGUUCUGUACUGCAUCCAAAGCAAGGCAGCCAUGUCAAAGUUAUUAAAAAAAAAAAAAAAAAAAAAAAGGUAAAAACAUUAGACUCUUGUGCAGCCGAGUGGAGGAGUAAACCUGUACAUUAAUCCUGGCUGCCAGAGUGGACCUGUCAGGCAGAAAGUUUUACACAACCAUUUCUGCUAGGUAUAUUGUACAAUAUUUUAUCAAUGGUUGUUUACAGGGAAUGGUUUUUUACCAGUCAGCUUUCUUCUUAUUUAUUUUAACUUGCUGGUACAAAAAAAAUGCUUAACCAUCUAUUUUGUUUAACUCCCAUUACUUGUUACUCUGCAAGCGUAGCAAUUUUAAAUGUAUUUUUUUCAUGAGACCAGUUUUUUGUUUUUAAAGCAAAAAAAAAAAGAUCUAGUUUUGUUUUAUAUGAAGUGUUCAAUUGUUCUGCGUUUUCUGUCUCGAGAAAGGCAGUUAUUUUUAUUUGUCUGAUUACAAAUGUAUACAAGUGCAAAUGCCUACCUUUAGUGUUUUAAAUACUAAAUGUCAAAUAAAUUAGAUACAGUUGAUCGGUUCUAUUACGCUAACCUACUGUCUUAACCUGGACAUUCUCGGAGGAAACAAUCAUUUAAAAAAAAAAAAUAAUGUGCUUCACCAAGUUGUAGUCCCAGUGAUUUUUUUAAAUGUUUGCAUUAAGGGGAUUCCUAAUGGAGAGUGGUACAUUGAGGUAUCUAUAGAUACUAAAAAAGGUAUUUUUGUAAUUUUAGAUUUCAUUCCAGUUUUUACCUAUUUCAUUGUUUACGUGAGGAAUAUUAAAUGCUUCAGGCUGGUAAACUGCAUAGAAAAACUGCAUAUUUAUUUAAAGAGCCUAGUUGCAUUUACAUGCACCCUAUUCACGGUGUUCUGUUGUAGCAAGAAAAAGUAUUGAAGUUAUUUUCUUGUGAUAACUUUGUC